GUGACGUCAUAGCCAGAGAAGAUGGCGGCUGUGCUGAAGGCGGAAGCGGGGCAGUGCAGGCCGCCUUGCCUUGUGUGAGACUCAUCCUGCAUGGACUCGUCACCAUGAGCAACAAGGAGAUGGUUUCCCCGGAGACAGAGAACAAAGGACAGAGGAAGGUGUUUCUUCCCAACAAGCUGCUCGAGUGUCUCCCUCGCUCGUCCAGCCUGCCUAAUGAGCGGCUCAGGUGGAACACUAACGAGGAAAUCGCUUCUUACCUGAUAUCCUUUGACAGACAUGACGAGUGGCUCUCCUGCACCCUCAAAACCAGGCCGAAGAACGGCAGCAUCAUCCUGUACAACAGGAAGAAGGUGAAGUACAGAAAGGACGGAUACUGCUGGAAGAAAAGGAAGGAUGGAAAGACGACGAGGGAAGACCACAUGAAGCUGAAGGUCCAGGGCAUGGAGUGCCUGUAUGGUUGCUACGUCCAUUCCUCCAUCGUGCCAACAUUCCACAGACGAUGCUACUGGCUGCUGCAGAACCCAGACAUCGUGCUGGUCCACUACCUGAACGUGCCGUCCCUGGAGGAUUCUGGGAAAUGCAGUCCACUGCUUUGCGCGGUGGCCGACCGCCAUGACAGCGUGCGCUGGAGCCGAGACGACCUGCUGAGCCAGCUGAGGCCCAUGUUCCACAGUAUGAAGUGUUCAGUUGGUGCGGGAGAUUUCAGUAUUGAGGAGUUGGUUCAGCAAAUCCUGGACCGACAAAGAACCAAACCGCAGCCGCGCACGCACGCCUGCCUGUGUAACACUGCCCAGGUAUCAUCCGGAGUGAACAUUCCCCACCGAUGUAACAGCACCAAGCAUCGCAUCAUCUCCCCGAAACUCCCGCCCUCUUCCUGUAGGCCGUCCGCCUCGCCGGUGUCCUCUGAGCUGGGGGAGGUGGGGAGAGGAGGAGCGGGAGGAGAAGCCAAACUGCCUCACCUUCAGGCUCAGACCAGCCCGGUCUCGUCGCCCUGCCCCUCGUCCACCUCCUCCUCCUCCCCGCCUCAAUCCCACCGAGCCGCCGUCACCAUGAGCAACAACGGUAACGGUUUCUACGGAGACCGCCACGGCAACCUGACGACGGUGGCGCUGCCACAGAACGCAGUCAUUGUCAUGGCGACUGCUGCCAUAACAGGAGAGGGAGGAGGGGGCGGCGUGGCGAGAGCGGAGGAGGCGGGUCUGCGGAGGAGCCUGUCGUUCACCGGCUCUGGGCAGCUGCUGCUUUCCCCGGCCCUCCCUCCCCCGGGCAUCAAGCCCACCUCCCCUUCCCCUCCAACUUCCUCC